AUGGGGAUAAAGGAAUUGUUCAACUUGGCUCGGGUGCCCUCCAUCCUCUUGCUCGGGGUGGUGUACGUGGCCUACGUGCUGAUCGGCGGGGUGGUUUUCUGGAAGUUGGAGGGGCAGCUCGGUCAGAAGGACAUCGGCCUCCUGCUGCAGAACAAAAACACCCUGCUCACGAGGUUCAACUGUCUGAACCAAGAAGGCCUGGAGGCGGUGGCUCAGGUCGUUCAACAAGCGUCCAAAGCAGGCCUUAGCUUGAAAGGCAACUACACGUCGGACGGCUUCUGGAAAUUCACCAGCUCGGCUGUGUUCGCUGCCACCGUGGUCACGACUAUAGGUUACGGGAACAUGGCUCCCAGCUCCACCGCUGGCCAGAUCUUCUGCGUGUUCUUUGCGCUGUUUGGCAUCCCGCUCAACAUGGUGGUGCUCAACAGGGUGGGCAAGUACAUGCUCGCCAUAGAGAGGAACAUCUCCGACUUCCUCGAGGGGAAGACCGGGCGGAAGAGGUGUACCCGCUUUUUCGUCCACCUGGUGUCCUACCUGUCUGGAGCGGUGCUGUUCUUUGUCAUGCCCAUGAUUGUGUUCCAGCUGCACGAGGGCUGGACCUUCUCCCAGGCCAUCUACUACUGCUUCAUCACCCUCAGCACUAUUGGCUUUGGGGACUUCGUGGCAGACAGCAAUCCGGACAAAACAUACCCAGACUGGUACAGCGUCCUCAUGGCCUCGUGGAUCUUUUUUGGCCUGGCCUGGCUGGCCCUCCUCAUCAACCACUCCAUUGACAUCCUGGAGCGGCUCAACACCCACUGCAAACAACGGUGGGGCGGACAGAAGCAGGAGGGCGAGUCCCCCAGCGCAGACGCCGACAACCCGGACACACAGGUGGAGGAGGAAGACGAGAUAAAGAAGCCUCCGAUCACUCAGUAAAGCUGGUUUCAGCGAGCUGAGCUAGUCAUAGAAUAACUGUCUGUAGAUCGGGACAUGGGAAUCGGGCGUAAAUAAUGGGGUAUGGCUAAGCCAUGGCAGGAUGUGUGUAUGCGUUAUGAAACUGUAAAUGUUGAGUGUGUGACGAGUCAGUUUUGAUCCCUUUAGAUCUAGAAUAUUGACUCAUUUUUGUUGAGUCAGGAUUGUUUGUGCAGCAUGCACAUGCUGUUUGUCUGUCAGCACAAAAAUGUGACCCCUUCACUCAUGUGCUUGUUAAUAAAAAGAAGAGAUUAAAGUUUAGGGAAGGAUACUGAUUCAACACAUCCUUUGCCCCGUGAUUCUGUCUGGUUAGCGGUCAGUAGAGAGCUGCAGUCAGUCCAUCAGCUCUCUUUGGCCUCUAUAAGUGAGGCUCACCUUACUGACCACAAACCAACUCAUUUGCCAACUCAGUUGGCAUAUCAUUUUGCAUUUGACUGUCUGUGCCACAGAAUGGCCCAUGUAUU